UGAUGUAGCAACAUUUGGAGUCGGUGCUGUUCAGGUUCUUGCUACGAUUUUAACUUUGUGGUUAGCAGACAAAUCUGGUCGCCGGCUUUUACUUAUUGUUUCUUCAUCUGCAAUGGCUUUGAGUCUUUUGGUUGUUUCAAUAUCAUUCUACUUGAAGGAAUAUAUAUCACCAGAUUCUGAUUUAUAUGCGACAUUGAGCCUCGUAUCGGUGGCUGGAGUUGUGGUCAUGGUUAUUGCAUUCUCUCUGGGAUUAGGAGCAAUGCCAUGGAUUAUAAUGUCUGAGAUUCUUCCGAUUAACAUCAAAGGCCUAGCUGGAAGUUUUGCAACACUUGCCAAUUGGUUCUUUUCCUGGUUGGUUACAUUAACAGCAAAUUUGCUCUUGGAUUGGAGUUUGGGAGGUUUGUGUGCAUUGCCUAUGUUAAUUUUCUAUAAAUAUCUAUUGUUUCUAACCAGAAGCUUCCUAUGUUUUUAUCAGGAACCUUCACAAUAUAUACUGCAGUGUGUGUUUUCACAGCAGGAUUUGUUGCCAUUUGGGUCCCCGAGACAAAGGGAAAAACUCUUGAAGAAAUACAACAGUUUUUCAGAUGAAGUUUCCUUUCGAGUAGCACUUCAGCUAGUGUUCACUCAUGUAUUCACAUUCAUAUUUUUUUUCUGAAUCAACUCAAUUCAUUU